GACUGACAACAAUCUCAGGCCAGGCGCAUCAUGAUGGGAUUACUCCCCAACAAGUAACACGGCAUCACACCAGUUCUGCGUUGCACAAGUUGAGGGGGGAAAGGAGAGGAGCAGUCCGGCGGGCGUUCACCAUUCCGGGCUGUUGUUGUUGUUGUUGUUGGGGGGUUUUUUUUGGGGGGGGGGGGGGGCGGAGGGGAGGUUUAAAGAGAGAGGCAGCGCUGUAGCCCGAUGACCGGCUAGCUGCUCUCUGGACUCCACCGCGGCCUGCUCGGGAGGAGGAAGGGUGGUGACGGCGCAAAAUGCUCUACCGCUGACUCCCAAUAAGACCAGAGACUCGCUGCGAGUCAGACGACGAACAAGAUGCACUUGUAGAUUUUUUUUUUCUUCUUUUUUUUUUUAAACCGCCCCUUAGCUUCCCGGUUUUCGUGUGGUGAGGCGGUGCACGGCAGUGAGCGCUGUCUCGCGGACCCUACGUUCUCAGCCUGAGACAUGUCAUCCAACUGCACGAGCGCGGCGCCUGUCAGCGCUAGCAAAACCAAGACGAAAAAGAAGCAUUUUAUAGGACAGAAAGUGAAAUUAUUCCGUGCAAGUGAGCCCAUUCUCAGCAUUUUAAUGUGGGGGGUCAACCACACGAUUAACGAGUUAAGUAAUGUGCCUGUACCAGUAAUGCUGAUGCCAGAUGACUUUAAAGCCUACAGUAAGAUCAAAGUGGACAACCACCUAUUUAACAAAGAAAACCUGCCUAGUCGCUUUAAGUUCAAAGAGUACUGCCCCAUGGUGUUCAGAAACCUGAGGGAGAGGUUCUGCAUUGAUGACCAGGACUACCAGAACUCUCUAACGAGGAGCGCCCCGCUCAACAGCGAUUCCCAGGGUCGCUUCGGCAACCGCUUCCUGUCCAGCUACGACCACCGUUUUGUUAUUAAAACAGUGUCCAGCGAGGAUAUCGCUGAGAUGCAUAACAUCCUUAAGAAAUAUCACCAGUUUAUAGUGGAGUGUCAUGGCAACACGCUGCUGCCACAGUUCCUGGGCAUGUACAGGCUAACGGUGGACGGGGUAGAAACGUACAUGGUGGUGACCCGGAAUGUUUUCAGCCACCGCCUCACCGUACACCGCAAAUAUGACCUGAAGGGUUCUACGGUCUCAAGGGAAGCCAGUGACAAGGAGAAGGCAAAAGAACUCCCAACUUUUAAAGACAACGACUUCCUGAAUGAAGGCCAGAAGCUGCAGAUAGGAGAUGACACCAAGAAAUACUUUUUGGAGAAGCUAAAACACGAUGUAGAGUUCCUGGCCACUCUAAAGAUCAUGGACUACAGUCUCCUGGUGGGAAUCCAUGAUGUGGAGCGGGCGGAGCAGGAGGAGAUGGAUGUGGAAGGUGUGGGGGAGGAGGAGGAGUACGAGAACGACGGGAUGGGCGGAGGCGUUCUCACCGGCUCGUUCGGGACGCCUCCCGACAGCCCCGGAAACCCUCUCAACUGUGGAGGAUUCUUUGGCCCCGGGGAGUUCGACCCCUCUGUGGACGUUUACGCAAUCAAGAGCCAAGACAGUGUUGAGAAGAAGGAGGUGUACUUCAUGGCUAUCAUCGACAUCCUCACACACUAUGACGCAAAGAAAAAAGCUGCACAUGCUGCCAAAACUGUGAAACACGGGGCGGGGGCAGAAAUAUCGACGGUGAACCCAGAGCAGUACUCCAAGCGAUUCUACGAGUUCAUGUCCAACAUCUUGUCAUAGACUCAUCUCCCAGUCCAGCCAGCCACCUCCUGUCAUAGACUUAUUUCUCUUCUCCUUCACCCUCAGUGUAGGUCCAUCUCUACGCCCAGAAUAGAAACCCCACCAGUGUCCUCCAACAGCCAGCCUCAGUCUGGCAGGACGGAUGCAGCCCGCCUGUUACACCGUUCCAAGCACACACACACACACACAGACACCUCCCCAACUCCCUCAUCUAUGAGCCGACUGCAAAAACUCAUGAAACCGCUCACUGAAUUUGUUCGGAAUGAUAAUCUUGCUGUUCUUUUUUUUAAAUAUUCUGCCUCCCAGUUCUCCUCCGCCACCUUGUUACUCCUCACGCCAGCACGGAAACAGUCUCACUAAUGCCUUGAACGAGUGUGUCAGCUUCAGCCGUUAACGGUCCUUCAGUACAGUCUCUUUUGUUUCUGUUCAUGUCGUUGUUGUUCUUCUCAGUUCUAUUAGACACAAACACACACACAAACACACAGAUGUAAACAACUUUUACGGGCGCUGAAUGGUCCGACUGCAUGACCGACACUUUGAAAGUUGCCGGAGGGCUUCUCUCACAGUACCAACAAAAGAAUCAAAAGCACUGCUGACAAAUUUUAACGGGGGAUAUACACUUUAAUAGAUAAUGGUGUAUUAAGUAAAUGAAUGCAAUAUCAAAAAUGCAUGGCUGAUGUGUACAUGAGAUUCCACCAGUAAGUCAAAACAUCAUACCACUGAACUUCUACGUGUUAUGACAGAAGAAAAAAAAGAUAAAAAUUGGUGUUUGGAUGUUACGUUGCCAUAUUGUUUUUGACUACUUUUACAAUUUUAACCGUGAGCUUGGUGGAGGUUGGUCUAAGAAAGAUAUUCACAUAGAAAGGGGAAUUCUGCAGCAAAUACUUGUUUUAUUACCAUAAUGAUCAUUUUUAUAUCUUGUUUACAUUAAUGUAGCAAUUUUGUGUUUGUAUACAGUAUUGUUUUGUUACCAACAGACAUUAGAGAAAAAGGUUACUUGAAAAUGAUUCAUUGCAUAUUAAAGGGAGUUUUAUCUUG